GCCGUGGUUGGGCUUGUGGUCGGGCGGCCAUAGGUUCUUCGCUGGGCGAUCCUGAAUGAGAAGUAUUUGGCCUCGUCGGGCGGAGCGCCGUGGCGGCGAGAGGAGAAGGGAGGGGUUUACAGGAACGCGCAAACGUGCUGGGAUGGGACGACGACGAGUGCAACGCUAUUUGCACUAAUCUUUACAGGGGGGUAGGGUUAAUGAGUAGAUUAGCCACGGUCUCGCAGAGAGGAGUUGGGCCAGCCAUUAUAGUUUUCGGGGUGACUGAGAACGAAGGGGAAUCUCCGUCCUUUGGCAAAGGUGGUGGAUAUGGCGAGAAUGCUGUGUAGAUUCUCUUAGGGUCAGUAUCGCAUUAUGAAUAACAAAGGAAGCUUUCAUUGUGACAGGGUUGCUGUGGCUGGCUGGGCAUUUGGUCAGUCGUGAUGCCGGCGUUGUGCUUGUUGAGCCCAUCCAUGAAGAGAGGCCGUCCGAAGUAGAUCGAUGUUUUUGCUUUGAAGGAAGCAAUACCACAGUGUGAAGUUGUAAAGUGGGAAUCAUAUCAUUAGAGCAGCCGAUUUGCAUUUGUUUGUUGAUAGUUUGAAGUAUGUUGAUAGUUUUGAAGUACUAGUAAGGAAUCAGUCCGUCUCCGUUAGAUGAUAACGCGCAGUGCGUGUGAGCGGAAAUAGAUCAAGGGUUGAACGAGAUAGCCUUUAGAAAGAGUACUUUCGGGAAGAGAUCGAGUAGUCUGAGACCGAUUUAAUCCAGUAAAUGACUAGCACAGCCAUGAAAUCACUUUUUUCGUGGAAAUACUUCGCCUUGACCUCUCGUUUCUACAAUACUUGCAGAUUUAACUCAGGGAUAAUCUCGAUGUUGGCAGCUUAUAGACAGUGGUGAUCGAUAGAUCGUUUUUUUUCAAAUAAAGGUGCGCAGACGAUUUGUUCUCGUUUCUUUUUUUAAUACAUAAAGGUGCGCAGACGCUGACCAGGUGGUGUUUGCUUGGGCUGUGAAAGCGGUCGCCACCUUUUUUCGCAGGUGACUUGGCCCGAAAAGGAGAUCGAUCUCUCGGCAAUUUCUACGAGUGCAUUUGAGUGCGUUUGAUAGUUACGCGCCCUCGCGAGCGAGACACACACACACACACACACACACACACACACACACACACACACACACGCACGCAGAGAGAGAGAGAGAGAGAGAGAGAGAGAGAGAGAGAGAGAGAGAGAGAGAUGGGGAAUGUACAUGGCUGUCUGUGUAUCGUGUGUAUUGGACAGUCGGAGGUGGGAUUGAUUGAGAAAUGGGGGAAGUACGUCAGACCGGCACCUCCUGGGCUUCACGUGAUCAACUAUUGUGAGGGAGAGUGGCUGAAGGGCACGCUUUCUAUGAGAAUACAGCAGCUUGAAGUGAAAUGCUUGACGAAGACGAAGGACAACGUCUUUGUGCAUGUGGUGUGCUCCAUCCAGUACAGAGUAUUGCAAGACAACGUAGACGAUGCUUUCUAUGAGCUGCAAAAUCCAAAGGAACAGAUUCAAGCUUAUGUGUUUGACGUGGUGAGAGCCAGCGUGCCUAAGAUGAACCUAGAUGAAGUUUUCGAGCAGAAGGAUGACAUUGCACGCAUUGUGGCUGAAGAGCUGGACAAGGUUAUGGGCAAUUACGGCUACUGCAUUGUCCAGACUCUCAUCACCGACGUCGAGCCUGACGAAACGGUGCGGAAGGCAAUGAAUGAAAUAAAUGCAGCCAAUAGAAUGCGGAUGGCAGUGGGGGAGAAGGCAGAGGCAGAGAAGUUCUUGCAGGUGAAGAGAGCGGAGGCUGAUGCAGAAUCUAAGUAUUUGUCAGGUGUAGGCAUUGCGCGGCAAAGACAAGCAAUUGUGGAGGGAUUGCGGGAAAGCGUUUUGGCAUUUUCACAUAAUGUGCCUGGAGCGACACCGAAGGACGUCAUGGAUAUGGUGCUGCUCACACAAUACUUUGACACAAUGAAGGAUAUCGGAGGCUGCUCAAAGAGUACAACGGUGUUCAUACCUCAUGGACCGGGCUCUGUCAACGAUGUGGCAACUCAAAUCCGGAACGGUUUGCUUCAGGGUCAAUCAGGUAAGGACUCGGGGUGGUACUUCCACCCAACCGUACACGAAGGAGGAGGAGAAGAUGGUCGUCGUCCUGAGGGAAAGAAAGGAGAAGAAAGAGGUCAAGAAGAAGGCCGUACAGGAGGAGCAGGCGGCCAACUUGAAGAAGAUAGAAGAAGAGAUGGUCAGAGAGAAGGAGAUAAUAAAGAAGGAAGAAGAGGAGAAGUUGAAGGAGGUGGAAGAGGAAAGAGGAGGAAGAUGAAACACCACUGCAGAGGAAGAGAGGGCAGUACAGUUGGCAGCGGAGAUGAUGAGAUGGAAAAACGGAUUUUAGAGGAAGAUGUCAUAAAGCGGCAGGCGAUGGAAGAUGAGCAGAGGAUGGAGUGGAAAUUGGCAGUGAUGAGGGAGAAGAAGAGAAGAGUGGACGCGGCAGCAGAGGCGGCAGAAGAGUUAGAAGAGGUGAAAAAGAUAGAAGAGCAAUUAGCCGCCCAGACUGAAAUCCCAAAGCAAAUGCAGGUUAUAGCCCGAAAUGUUGCACGCCUAGCACGAAUCCAAGCUGAACAGUAUGACUUCAGCAGGAGUCAUCACAUAGUCGUGCGAUCAAUACGAUUGGGAUUUCGGGACUUUGCCCGUGAGUUGGUAGGCGCUGUAGGAGCCGAGGUGGGCUAUCGUCUCGACAAGACUGAGCGGUUUUGCGUUGGCGCCAUUGAGGGCGUCAAGGCAGCAGCUCCCAAGGAAGAGGAACCACGUCCGCCCGGGGCCAUGCUCCAUUUGAAGGAGCACGAGUGUAGGCUCCCUAGUUCUUCAGGCGAGGCCAGGACUGCCCGCCUGUUCCAUGUGUCAGGAGUAGAGAAUCCCUUGGCACAUUGCUACCUUAGUGCCCCUGCGUUCGCCAGAUUAGUGAAGAAGGAGAAAUUGGAGGAACAGGUUUUUGUUGCCUAUGUUAGGCCAACGACUGAGCCUACAGAAGAAAAGCCGAUGGACCCUGUGAUUGCCAAGCUGCCGAUAGGAGUGGUACCGCGGCCCAUCCAGCACCGCAUUGAGAUAGAGCUUGGCAAUAGAACGCCUAAGGGCGCUGUGUAUAGGAUGUCCGCACGGGAAUUAGAGGAGCUUCGCAAGCAAUUAGACAAGCUCCUCGAGAAGGGUUGGAUUAGGCCCAGUUCGUUUCCUUUUGGAGCGCCUGUUCUCUUUGUUCCCAAGAAAGAGGGAGAGCUGAGAAUGUGCAUAGACUAUACGGGCCCGAAUGCUAUUACAGUGAAGAAUGUUGAGCCACUGCCUAGGAUAGACGAUCUCUUAGAUCGAGUGCAGAGGGCGAAGUAUUUCUCCAAGAUCAGAUUUGAAGUCUUGGAGAAGCUGAGGGAAGCUAACUUCAAGAUCAAUGCAAAGAAAUGCGAUUGGGCAAAGACCCAAGUUUUAUACCUAGGCCACGUCUUAGACGGAGAUAACGUUAAACCAGAAGAUUGUAAAAUCGAAGCGAUUAGAGAUUGGCCCACGCCAUGUACGCUAACAGAGUUGCGCUCGUUCUUGGGCUUAGCUAAUUACUACAGGAAGUUCGUGAGGAACUUCUCCACCAUCGCUGCGCCCCUUCGCAGAUUGUUGAGGAAAGAGACCAUUUGGAAGUGGGACAAGGACUGCACGUCUGCCAUGAAGAAGUUAAAGCAGGCGUUGAUAGAGUACCCGGUCCUUAAGGUAGCCGAUCCGUCCUUGCCCUUUGUCGUCACUACGGAUGCUAGCCAGUACGACAUAGGCGCGGUGUUGCAGCAAAACGAUGGCAACGGUUAUAGACCCGUAGAGUUCAUGUCCGCCAGGAUGCCUUUCGAGAAGGUCGCGAUGUCUACCUAUGAGAGGGAACUCUACGCUCUCAGGCAAGCCUUAGAACACUGGAAGCACUACUUGCUUGGGAGACACUUCAAAGUCUAUUCCGAUUAUGAGACGUUGAGAUGGUUAAAGACACAGGCCAAGAUGAUACCUAAGCUUACUAGGUGGGCCGCAGAGAUAGAUCAGUAUGACUUCGAGCUCAAGCCAGUCAAAGGAAAGUAUAACGUAGUUGCGGAUGCUCUAAGUAGGCGAGCUGAUUACUUUGAGGCAAUAGUGCGUUACCUAGACAUAGGGAAGGACCUGCAGCAGAAGAUUAGAGAAGCCUACGCACAGGACCAUAUCUAUAGUGACCUCCUCAAGAGGGUCAAGGAGGCCCCAGAGACUGAGCCGAACUACCGCACUACUGAAGGGUUGCUUUUUGAGAAGACUAAUGCAUUUUAUCGCCUGUGCAUUCCCAAUAGUGAAGAGAUCCGCAGUCUGAUUUUGGGAGAAUGCCAUGACACAGAGGGUCAUUUUGGUUGGCAGAAGACUUUGGCCAACCUGAUGCGCGCAUAUACCUGGCCAGGAAUGAAGAAUGACUGCGUGGAAACGAGUAUUCCUCACAAUGAAGAAGAAUAUGGAACAAACAGAUGGUUAACCAUGAAGCUAAAUCUGUCCAGUGCACGAUCGUCUCGCAGUGGUCUUGGUCUGCAGAAGUGUCAAACAAAGCUCUCUUCCAAUAGUGCCUCCUACUGGGAUAUGGGGUCCGAAUGGAAAUUGGCAUUUCCCCAGACUUUGCAUGUCAUGACCAUUCAGUCUUCUCAGCUGCGUCAAUCACAGCCGUGUAAUUGAAGCUCGAUCUGCUGUUGGCAGUUCUCGAGUAUGCAUGUGAGGACGUGAGCAUAUGUAGCGGUAUCUCGCUUGGUCGCUUGCCUGCGGACUUUCUGAGCAGGUAACCUACCUGGCAACCGUAGAGAGUCUCAGAGAGUACCUUGCGAGCGACACUUGAAAUCGACUCUGCGAGCAUUUCAAUCAAGUGCUGAUGAAGGAAGAAGUCUACUGAUGAAGAGAGAACGGGGCACCUGAGUGAGCUUCGAUGUGUGGAUCCUAGAAUUGCCUGCAAUAGGCUUCUUUCUACAAGGGAAUGCGUCUAUGGGCGGAUUCGACUGGAUUUUAUUCGGGUAUAAAGCAGGGUACCAUACGAGUGGAAAUGAAGGCUUCUUUCUACAAGGGAGUGCCUCUAUGGGCGGAUUCGACUGGAUUUUUUAUUCGGGUAUAAAGCAGGGUACCAUAUGAGUGGAAACGAAGGAGGGUUUGAAAAGGGCACGGAAGAGAGUUUGAGCAGACGAGGAUGUGUUUUGCUGCGUACGGGAACUUCGCGCAAAGUGGCGGCAACAGUCAACGAUGCGCCUUGCCAUUUUACACCAGGUUUGUGGAGUUUUUCCUUGACUUCAAACAAGGCUGUGUGCGCCUCUCUGGUCAGAGUUUGGGUGUUGUUUGGGAUUCUUUGGCUUUUUUUUUUUUUUUUUUUUUUUUUUCCCUUCACCUAAUUUGCAGAGCCCAUUGGAAGAGGAAGAGGAAGCUGCGUAAACUUCUCGAGUCUAAGAAGAGUUGGACUCGUUCAGGGUGAUGAAAAGAAGGGGUCUCAUGUGGUGCGCACCCCUCGUAUGGGAUGGUAACAGCGAUUGUACAGGAGAGAUUUUCUGACUUUGCCGCAGCUUUUAGCUGAAGAUUUAACUGAGCGCGACCUGGAGUGACUCUCCCUAAGGGUUGGUUGGUUGGUUGGUUGGUUGCAAUAUAGUUGUUGUUCAAACAGAAACAUAGGAAUAAGCAUAGUAGUACGAUAUGGACGUCCAUGAACGCUGCACUCGGUAAUGCCAAGGAGAGAAGUGUUUACGGAAAAUUAGUGAUACAAAUUCUUUCUUAUCGGUGGAGACCAGCGGAGAGACUCUGAACUGGGAGUAGUAAAUAUUUUGAGGGACGAUGGAGAGGAAAGGUUCAGGAGACAAUUAUUUAAAAGCGGAUAUGGAGUUAUGGGGGAACACACAGGGAGGGGAGCAUAGAGAGGAGGUGAAAUGUCAGGGGGGAAAGAUGGCAUGCCAGACCAUGUGAUAGGUUCAGAUUUAUGGAGAUGAAUAAAAUGGCGGAGAGGAGAAGAAAAGAGUGGUAAAAUGUUGAUAGCGCCCUUGUGGUGCUGGUCGAACCACUCGUAUAACAGACUGGGAAAAAGUAUUGCUGGCAUUGAUGAAUGGAAAGAUGGGGAGCAAAGUCAUGCAAAGACUUUGUGACGAGUCGAGGAAGAGAUGGGCGGAAAGAGAGAUCCGUAGAGCGAGGUAGAAUGUAAAGACUCCUACUCUACGUGCUGGAAGUGGUAACAUUGUGGUUGUAUGCACUGGGUCAUGGAGCAUUUCAUGCUGAGAUUGGAUGAAGUACUGGGGGCUUCAUUGUCACAUCAACCCACUUAACCUUUUGGUUAAUUGUCUGCUUCCAGUGCAAUGUUGAUAACGCCCUUGUGGUGAUCUGGUUAAACCACUCAUUUAACAGAACGGGAAAAGGACUGCUGGAGAUGAUGAAUGCAAAGACUUUGUGGCGAGUCCAGGAAGAGAUGGACACAGAGAGAUCCAUAGAGAGAGGUAGAAUGCAAAGAGUCCUACUCUACGUGCUGGGUGUGGUUUUAUGCACGUGGCCAUGGAGCAAUCCGUGCUGGGAUUGCACGAAGUACUCAGGGACUGGGCUGGGCUUCAUUGUCACCCCUCCUGCUUAGCCUUUUGGUUAGUUGUCUGCUUCCUUUGCGAGAGGUUGCCAGUUAAGUCUGUCUGAUUUGGUUACACUCGUCCAUGAGACUCGUGCCGGUAGCUGAUCGUCUGCGUCAUUGUCCAGGGCAGGGUGCAGCCUAUUGGUUUUAGUGUCUUGGCUUCGGUUUCAACCCAACCCACUUUUAGCCCAAGGGCUAAGUGUCUGUUUUCAAUUGGGAAGGUCCCGGGUUCGAUUCCAUGGGGAUCACAUGGAUUUAGCACCUGCAGCCAAUGGUUUAUGUUGCAAAUGUGUCUGUGUCCACAUGAUAAAGUGGUUGUCCUGCAUCGCGGUGGGGCGAAGGACUUGGCAGUGCUUCAUGUGCACCCACCCACCCACGGUGGAAGGCUGUGAGUUGAAGUCCUUUGCAGAUUGACUGACAUAGAUUCAUGUAAUUUUCAUCAAGUUAAUUGCAGAUUUGUCGUAUCUAGAGUCUUUCUGCUGUGCUCUUUGUUUUUCUCUCUUUUUCAGUUUCUUUUUGUUCAAACCUUCUGCACCAAUGAAUAUGAUUUUGUCAC